AUGAGAGAGCUGCAGCUGGUCCACGCUACACUGGAGGCACAGACCAGAAAUCACUUCAUCGUCGCCGUCACCAUCCUCGACCCGCGCCUCACACCACCAUACUGCAUCGCUCAGCUCUUUUGGUGGAUCUUGUUUGUGGGUUCUGAGUAUUUCGUCCUCACGACAAACUCUUUCGACCGCUACACCGCCAACUGCCUCCCCCUGCGUCACAACAUCAGUAUGGACCGAGGGGUCCAGCAUUGUCCCCAUUUCUUCUGUGAUGCCCCCUCUCUGCGGAAGAUCUCCUGCUUCGAGGACUACAUUGCCAUGGAAGUGAGCAUGACCACAGGAGUAGCGUUAGCCAUCGUCUGCUUCGUGCUCAUCGCCAUCUCAUACAUCCCUCCAUCCCCACCGUCUUCCUUCUCCACCUGCCUCCCUCAACUCUCUGUCAUCACUGUUUUUUUCUCUACCCGGACUUUCGCCUACCUGAAACUGCCUUCGGACUCCCCGUCAAUGCUGGAACUGCUGGCGUCCGUGUUGUACACCGUCGUGCCCCCCGCCGUCAACCCCCACAUCUACAGCCUGAAGAAUAAAGGUAUGAAAUCUGCCCUGACUGAGUCCCGACAGCUGUGGCUGAGAAGGCCCUUCUUCAUGUUCAAGAUUUAG